AUUAGAAUUCAUCAAAAUAAAAACUUAAUUUUCAGCAUAAUUAGUAAAAAUAUGAUUUAUAUAUUCAAUUUUUAGAUCAACUAAUAAUUAUAAAUCAUAAAUAAAAAAAUUAAUUAAAUAUAAUUGAUAAAAAUAAUAGAAAUGUAAUUUAAGAAGGCAAUAUUGAUCUUAUUAGUCUUGGUAAUUCUUGUCAGUAUGAACCCAUCUUCAUCUGUCUAAGCUAGAUCCCUUAAAGCUAAUUCAAGUGCUGCUGGUAAGGAACAAUUAAGAACUGACUGUGCAGCUCCUUUUGCAAGCUGCAAAAAGAAAAGUUGCUGUGUUGGAGGCUGCACUUUUGGUAGAUGCAUGUGAGGGAGGAAAAGCUUUCUGAAACUUUGAUAAUGCUUUAUUGAAAAAAAUAUGAAUUUAUAAUUAUAAAUAAGUAAAUAUAUAAAUAUAAAAUUAUAUUUUUGUAGUUUUUUUGAAUGUUUUUUUUAAGUUACUUUAAUUCAAAUAAAAAUUACUGCCAAUAUAUAGAGA